GGGCGCUGCGGUAGGUGCUUUGGGAUAUGAGGCGCUCUCCGUUGGUUGAAGUGGAGAAAGUAGCAGGUUAGGUACAGCCAGCGGUGUGAGUGAGCGCGGGCCGGACUCGCACUCAGCUAUUGUUGUUAGAACAGCUAGUUCCCGGGGGGCUGCCGGGACUGAGGCGAGAGACAGGCCCAGCGGCAGCCAUGAGCGGCGGGGUGUACGGGGGAGAUGAAGUUGGGGCUCUUGUUUUUGAUAUUGGUUCCUAUACAGUGAGAGCUGGCUAUGCUGGUGAAGACUGUCCAAAGGUUGAUUUUCCCACUGCUAUUGGUGUGGUACUGGAAAGGGAUGAUGGCAGCACCCUGAUGGAAAUAGAUGGUGACAAAGGCAAACAAGGGGGCCCUACUUACUACAUAGACACCAAUGCACUGCGAGUUCCAAGGGAAAACAUGGAGGCUAUUUCACCCUUAAAAAAUGGAAUGAUUGAGGACUGGGAUAGUUUCCAGGCAAUUUUGGAUCACACAUACAAGAUGCAUAUUAAAUCUGAAGCAAGUUUGCACCCUGUCCUAAUGUCUGAAGCACCAUGGAAUACCAGAGCAAAGCGUGAGAAAUUGACAGAACUGAUGUUUGAACAUUACAAUAUCCCUGCUUUUUUCUUGUGUAAAACUGCAGUUCUUACAGCCUUUGCUAAUGGUCGAUCCACAGGCCUGAUUUUGGAUAGUGGGGCAACUCACACCACUGCUAUUCCCGUGCAUGAUGGAUAUGUACUUCAACAAGGCAUUGUAAAAUCACCCCUUGCUGGAGACUUUAUUACUAUGCAGUGCAGAGAACUGUUUCAGGAAAUGAACAUAGAGCUAAUCCCACCAUAUAUGAUUGCAUCAAAGGAAGCAGUUCGCGAAGGAUCACCAGCAAAUUGGAAGAGAAAAGAGAAGUUACCUCAGGUCACAAGAUCUUGGCACAACUAUAUGUGUAAUUGUGUAAUUCAGGAUUUCCAAGCCUCUGUCCUCCAAGUAUCAGAUUCAACCUAUGAUGAACAGGUAGCUGCACAGAUGCCGACCGUUCAUUAUGAAUUCCCUAAUGGUUAUAAUUGUGACUUUGGUGCAGAACGUCUAAAAAUUCCUGAAGGACUAUUUGACCCUUCUAAUGUAAAGGGCUUAUCUGGCAACACAAUGCUGGGUGUUAGCCAUGUUGUCACCACAAGCGUUGGAAUGUGUGAUAUAGAUAUCAGACCAGGCCUCUAUGGCAGUGUGAUCGUAGCAGGAGGAAACACUUUAAUACAGAGUUUUACAGACAGACUGAACAGGGAGCUCUCUCAGAAAACUCCACCAAGUAUGCGGCUGAAGUUGAUAGCAAACAACACAACAGUGGAGCGGAGGUUCAGUUCAUGGAUUGGUGGUUCAAUUUUGGCUUCUCUGGGUACCUUUCAACAGAUGUGGAUCUCUAAACAGGAGUAUGAAGAAGGAGGGAAGCAGUGUGUAGAAAGGAAAUGCCCAUAGACCUCACACUGUGAGAAACUGCUGCCUUCCCAAUGCUCUUUAUGUUUCAUAGCUUUAGUGUACUCAGGAAUGGGAUGGAAUCUUUUGUAGAAAGUUUAUAUUGUUCUGGUUUUUGCAUACUUCAAGAUCCAUUUUUACAAACCUUAGACACUGUUUAAAAAGCCUAACUGGUCCUGUCAAAGAAAAUGGAUGUUUCAUCCCUUGAAAUGCAAUAACUCUUAUAAGUAUUUUAUAAUUUUGUAUAAAUGUCUAUUUUCUCUAAAAAAUCUUUUCCUUUGGGUAGCUUUACAGGUUAGCUGGUAGAUGCAAUACUUUGAAAUGCUCUCGCAUCAAACUUAUUAAAAAAAAUCUUGUCUACUUUUA